GUAGCUUAUUUUAUUAGCAAAAGGGAAGGGUGCCACUGCUUUAAAGGUUGAGGCAAGAUGAUAGAAGACAAGAUAGAUGACAAUGAGGUAGAUCAAUUGGAAGAAUUCCCUGUAGCAUUACAACAGAAGAAUAUGGAAUAUUCAAUUAAAAGCAAGAGGUCAUUGCGAGCUCGUUAUUCCUAUGGCAUUAUAUUCUUGAUCAUAAAUCUUAUAGCUUGGUUCGUCCGUGAUUAUGGAGAUAGGGCUGUUCCUCUGCUUCAAUAUUCAAAAGCCUGUGGAAAUGCAGGAAGUGCAUGUUCUCAUACGAUGGGGGUUCUUCGCGUGAGUUUAGGUUGCUUUAUUUUCUUUUUAGUAAUGUUCCUCACAACAUGUUUCACAAGCAAGUUAUAUGACGUCCGCAAUGUAUGGCAUUCUGGCUGGUGAAGUUUAAAGUUUGUCAUGUUGAUAACUUUUAUGGUGAUUCCAUUUUUCAUCCCCUCAGAUUACAUCCAGUUAUAUGGUGAAUUUGCUCGAGUGGGCGCAGGAGUCUUUCUUGUCCUCCAGCUAAUAAGUGUGAUCGAGUUCAUCACGUGGUGGAAUAACUAUUGGAUGCCUGACGAAAGAAAGAAGCAAAGCUGCUCCCUUGGCUUAUUCAUGUCGACAGUAUGUUACAUCGCUUCCAUUUGUGGAAUUAUGGUGAUGUAUGUGCUUUAUGCCUCCAAAACAUCAUGCAUUCUGAACAUAUUCUUUAUCUCCUGGACUGCAAUUUUGCUGCUGGUAAUGAUGGCCGUAUCCUUACACUCUAAGGUAAAUAGGGGACUUUUAUCUUCAGGGAUUAUGGCUUCUUAUGUUGUCUUUCUCUGUUGGAGUGCUAUUCGAAGUGAGCCUGCCACUCAGAAAUGCAGCCCUCAGCAACAAAACAGUGGGCAUGGUGGUUGGACUACUGUAGUUGGUUUCUUGAUUGGUAUAUGUGCCAUCGUCAUGGCAACGUUCUCAACUGGCAUUGAUUCGCAAACAUUUCAGUUUCGCAAGGAUAAAGUUCAAUCAGACGAUGAUGUUCCCUAUAAGUAUGGUUUCUUCCACCUAGUGUUCUCCUUAGGAGCAAUGUACUUUGCUAUGCUAUUCAUCAGUUGGAAUCUAGAUGGUUUACCUAGAAAAUGGAGUAUUGAUGUUGGAUGGGCUAGUACAUGGGUGAAGAUAGUCAAUGAGUGGUUUGCUGCUACAAUCUAUUUGUGGAAAUUGAUAUUGCCAGUAGUGAGACAGACAAAAGUGAUGGAUCAUGAAGAGCCAGAACAGGAAAUGGAUAACUCAACUUCAGUGUGAUUUUUGCUGCUAAAUAAUUAGUGUUGCAGCCAAAAGGUGGUAAAAAGGGGAAAAUUAGCAACCAAUGGAUGACAAAAUUUGCAUGAUUUCAUUGGUUGAUAAAUGGUUAUUUCAUGUUACAAAUAAAAAUGGGUUUUAAGACUCAAAAAAGCCACUUAUCACCCUUCAAUUACCCAUUCUACCACUUGUUUUGUAUCAUGUGUAUGUCCUUUUUAAGAUGUACUUUUAGGAGUUGUAGACUCUUAUUACCAUGGGGAAGUUGAAGAAGAAAUCAAAUCCCCUAUUUUUUUGUUUG